AUGGAAGAUCAUAAGAGAAAAGGAGAUUCUGCAACUGCAACAGAACAUAAGAAAACAAAGAAGGAGCAAGUUCAUACAAAGGAUGCUAUGAUCAACAAUGAUGCUAUGCUACAAAACAAUGAUGGAAGUCAAUUGCUAUUAAAGUUGAUCCACACCAAAGCAAUGUCAAUCAAGACAAGAGAUGAAAUCAUUUUCUCUGCUCAAAGAGAUGAUAAUCUUUGUAAAGUUUUCAAAGGUUUAUCUGAUAAGAGAUUUAUGUCAGUUCCUGUAUUUUUAACAACUGAUUUACUAAUAAAUUUAUUUGUUUAUAAACAAAAAGACAAGAAGAAAUGGAUUUCUUUCCUUGGAUUGUUUGAUAUCGUUAAAUAUGUCAAUGAACACUUUGGAAAGGAAAAGAUGUCACUUGAACAUGACUUCUGGAAGAUGACCAAUGAAUCAGAGGCAUUCCAAAAGUUAAAGGUCAAUGAUGUUAUGUCUUUCCCAACCAGAGAGAACAAAUUCCAUCCAAUUACCCAGGACUACUCAUUGUUCUCAGUGGUAGAAAUCAUGGCCAGAGAUCCACAUGCCCAUCACAUUGCCAUUUUGGAUGACAUGAAGAACCGUCAUUUGGUUUCCAUCUUGACUCAAUCUCAAUUGAUCAAGUUUGUCUAUGAACACCUCAGCCUGUUGGGUGCCAAGAAGGAUCUCUUGAUCAAGAACAUGCGUGGUCUUUGUAGCGAAGCCGAUGUAGUUAGUGUUCCAAUGACAAUGUUGACAAUCGAUGCAUUCAAGGUCAUGGAAGAUCACAAUGUCACUGGUUUGGCAGUACUCUCUGAGAGCGGUCAGCUCGUUGACACCCUCUCCAUCAGAGAUCUCAAGGGAAUGGCUACCGAUGGUUCACUAUUCUGGAAGCUCUACCGUCCAGUCUCUGAAUUCUUGGAGUUCCUCAAGAAGGAUGCAAAGACACUCAGACCACGUCACGCCAUCUUCUGUAUCAAGGACGAAACAUUUGAAUCUGCUUUGACAAAGAUCUACACCAACCAAGUACACCGUAUCUUUGUAGUAGACAGCUCUGAAUCUAGAAAACCAAUAAGCGUAAUCAGCUUGGGUGAUCUUUUGCUUCAACUUUUACCAUUCUAA